GCGUGGUAGGCACAACAAGCUCAGCGGUCGGUCCGUUCACUCCAGCGCUGCUCCCACUGCAGAGUUCCUCCCUGGCCCAGAGGACCACACCGACCGGCCCGGCUCAACACGGACGGAGAAAUGAGCUCGUCCUCCGCCGUUCACAUCACACUAACGUGAGCGUGUGACUGCUCUUCUUCACGGACACACACACACACACACACACACACACACACACACACACACACACACACACACACACACACACACACACACACGCACACACACGCACACACACACAUAUACAGAAGACCCGCACUGGUCUGCUGUUUACAAAUCCCCAGCUCGGUGUCGGACAGUCCCACCCGCAGCCCGGACCAUGGCGGAGAGAAGUGGCCGGCUGAGUUUCCCCGGCAGCGGGGCUCUCAACAGACCGGUGCCCAUGAACCUAUUUGCAACAUGGGAGAUAGACGGAUCCUCCCCGAACUGCAUCCCGAGAUUGUGCAGUCUGACUCUGAAGAAGCUGGUUGUGAUGAGGGAACUCGAUAAAGAGCUGAUUUCUGUGGUCAUAGCGGUUAAAAUCCAGGGCUCCAAAAGGAUCCUGAGGUCCCAUGAGAUAGUGCUGCCACCCAGUGGGUCUGUGGAGACGGAUCUGGCUCUCAACUUCUCACUGCAGUACCCGCACUUUUUAAAACGAGAGGGAAACAAGCUGCAGAUCAUGCUCCAGCGGCGAAAGAGAUACAAGAACCGAACCAUCCUGGGCUACAAGACUCUGGCAGUGGGAUCUAUUGACAUGGCAGAGGUGAUGCAGCACCCGACAGAGGGAGGCCAGGUCCUUCCUCUCUGCAGCAACCAGAAAGACAUGCUGGGGAAGGUGGCAGAGAUCUGGAUCUUUUCCCUGUCCAGUCAGCCAAUAGACCACGAGGAGGCAGCCCUGCAGGGAGGACAGAAGAUCAAAUGCUCCGAUAACUACUCAGAGGAGGAGUACGAGAGCUUCUCCUCAGAGCCGGAGGCCAGCGACGACGCCGUGCAGGGACAGGAUCUGGAGGAUGACGAGUACCGUGUGAGGAAGACAAAGAUGCAGAGGAGGUCGAUUGUAAGGACGCCCUCCAUCACCAGACAGCAGAACUUUAAGCAGCGAGUGGUGGCUCUACUGAAGCGGUUCAGAGUUUCAGACGAGGUGCUGGACUCGGAGCAGGACCCUGCAGAGCCGCCUCCUGAGGUGGAGGAGGAGGACCUGGACCUGGACAGUGUGGAGUUUGAGAACCCCAGUGACAGCGGUCCAGAGCUGGAUGACGAUGACAGCGUCCUCAGUACGCCGAAACCCAAACUCAAGCCAUAUUUCGAGGGUCUCUCCCUCUCCAGCUCUCAAACUGAGAUCGGCAGCAUCCACAGCAGCCGGAGCCACAGGGAGCCUCCCAGCCCGAUUGACCCAGAUAAAACCAAGUGUGGAGGAGCCAAGUAUCCAGAUGAUAAUGUGUCUGAUAAUGUCUCCUUUGAGCAGCCGGAGGCGGUGACUCCGACCACAGAGCUGGAGAUGGACAACAUGGACACGUUUUUAGAGAGACUGCCACCAAGUGGCAAAAUGACCAAGACAGAGUCGCUCAUCAUUUCAUCCAACAGGCAGGAACCGAAGUUGGCAGGUAGGCGAGGCAGGAGCACGUCGCUGAAGGAGCGCCAGCCCAGCAGGCCGCAGAACGAGAGGGCCAACAGCCUGGACAACGAGCGGUCCCUGGACACACGCUGCCACCUACAGAUCCCAAGAAAGACGGUGUAUGACCAACUCAACCACAUCCUGGUGUCUGACAACCAACUCCCUGACAGCAUCAUCCUCAUCAACACGUCAGACUGGCAGGGCCAGUAUCUUUCAGAUAUGCUUCAAAACCACCAUCUACCAGUGGUGUGCACCUGCACCACAGCAGACAUCCAAGCUGCGUUCAACACCAUCGUCUCCCGCAUACAGAGAUUUUGUAACUGUAACUCCCAGACGCCCAUCCCCAUAAAGAUAGCCGUGGCCGGAGCGCAGCACUACCUCAGUGCAGUUCUGAGGCUGUUUGUGGACCAUCUUUCCCAUAAGACCCCUGACUGGCUCGGAUACAUGAGGUUUCUCAUUAUCCCUCUAGGUGCUCAUCCAGUCUCCAAAUAUCUCGGCACUAUUGAUUAUCGAUACAACAGUCUGUUCCAAGAUGCUGCUUGGAGGGACCUGUUUCACAAGCAGGAAGCUCCUGUUGUUGUCCAGGAGAACCCAGAUGUGGUAUCGAGGGUAACUCAGUACAUGCUGGGAGCUAACGGAGCUCACCAGCUCCCCAUCGCAGAGGCCAUGCUCACCUACAAACAGAAGAGGAAAAAGAGCUUUCAUUUUGAUUUUGCAGUAAGUCUCUCUGUUUCUUCCCUGGGGGGGCGAUGGCAGGUUUCUUCAAGCCCUGAUGAGGACUCGUGUCAGAAAUUCAUCCCUUUCAUCGGGAUGGUGAAAGUCGGACUCGUGGAGCAGACGUCGGCAACUUCAGGAGACUCUGAUGAUGCAGCACCUCUGGGCUCCUCGCUGCUCUCCUCCACACCUCCGCAAAUAUCCCCCGCACUCAAAGAGGCGUCGCCCACCCCUCCCUCCUCUCCCUCCGUCACCACCAGCUUCUGCGCUUACAGCUCCGUCGGUCAGGCGGAGCUGAUGGGGCUUCAGGUGGACUACUGGGUGGCUCCAACAGAACGGAAGAAAGACGUGGAGAAGCGGGACUCCUCCUCCAAAAACACUCUCAAGUGCAAUUUCCGCUCGCUGCAGGUCAGCCGGCUGCCACUGGGGGGCGCUGAGCCGAGCACCCAGCCCACCAUGUCCAUGACAGUGGUGACCAAGGAGAAGAAUAAAAAGGUCAUGUUCCUGCCAAAAAAGAGCAAAGACAAGGAGGUGGAGUCGAAGAGUCAAGUGAUCGAGGGCAUCAGCCGGCUCAUCUGCACUGCCAAGCACCAGCAGACCAUGCUGAGAGUGCUGAUUGACGGCGUUGAGUGGAACGACGUCAAGUUUUUCCAGCUGGCGGCACAGUGGUCCUCCCACGUCAAACACUUCCCCAUCGGGAUCUUCGGACACACGAAAGGCCCGUACUAGCAGCACCUAAGAGACUGAAACACUGAGGAGAGGACAGCUCCCCCCCCCCCCCUCUCCCUCGUGCCAACCGUUUUUAACCCCCCUCCAUCCCACCUUCCCCCAGCACACUUCCUCUAUUCUGCUGUCUUAAUUUAAGCUCCUGCUUUCCACUGUUGCAUUUGUCCGAUUAUUUAAUCUUUUGCGUGUUUUUUUAAUUUUCUAUUUAUGUAAAAACUUCUCGAGGCAAGGCUGCCAAGGGAAUAUUUCUUUACUCUGCUUUUUAAAAGAAAAAAUCCUGCUGAUGUUUUAUAGACUUUUGAGAAAAAAGCCUAAUUAAAUAAUAAUUAGAAAUGACUUCUAACCUUUGACAUACUGUACGAGUGCCCAGGUUUCACCCUCUGCCAUCAUGUUUUUUGUUUUUAUUUUUAUUUGGUGAGGUUGGUUUCAAGCACUUGGCCAGCACAAUUAAUCAAGAAUAUAUAUAUAUUAAAAAGCAAGAGCAGCUGCCUUGUAAUGAAGUGGAAGAGGUGAUGGUCAUCUCAUUUUCUAACCACGGCGAAGAAAGUUUGGAUUCUCAACUUCAGAGACUGUUGCCGAUUCGUCGUCUUAACCCUGAAGAAGAAAAAAAUAAAUGGCCCCUGACCUUUUGGCCCUCUGCACUAAAUGAAGACGUCCUAAUGUGCAAUAGACUGAAUACUGUGUGAAUGCAAUUCUGAAUAAUAACCUGGCACUGUUAGAAGAUUACACACCACUCUUAGUUGUGGUUUUCACUCUACGUAGUCCCCCUGUCUUUUUUUUACUUUCUCUUCCUGGUGACUUGGCUUCGAGGUUUGAAGAGUUUUGCUCAAAAAUUAGACCAAAAAAGUAAAAGAAUAAAAUCAAAAAACACCUGCUUUUUAGAAAAUGAUUCAUAGCACAAGAUGAGAUGGUACUACAAACAUAAAGGAAUGUAUUGAUGUUUUGGGAAAUUUGCUUAUUCACUUUCUAGAUGAGAAUAUUGAUAAACUCUCUCAUCUGUAUGGUAUAGGGAGCUACAGCUAGCAGCUAGCUUAUCUUAGCAUAGCAGGGGGAAGCAGCUAGGAUCUGUCUGAAGAUUAAAAAAAAAAUCUGCCAACCAGCACCUUCAAAGCUCACUAGAUAAAAUGUUAUUUCUCGUUUGUUUAAUUCGUACAGAAAUUGUACUUUUGUACGAAUUAACACAAAAUUAUUUUUUUUAACCUUCAGACAGAGCAAUGCUAGCAGUUUUUCUACUGUUUCCAGUCUUCAUACCAAGUUAAGCUAACCGGCUGCUUGCAACCAGCUAGCCUGGCACAAAUCAAAAGUAACAAAAUACACCUACCAGCAUCUCUCAAUUACAAACACAUUAACAUGUUAUAUAUUUUGUUUGUUUAAUGAGCCAGGCAAGCUGUUUCCAGUCUUUGUGCUAAGCUAAGCUAACUGGCUCGGAGGUAUGAGAGUGGUAUCAAUGUUCUCAUCUAAAUCUCAGCAAGAGAGUAAAUAACAACGGUUCCUUUAAGCUUAUAUACAAAUAAAAUGAGUCAAAUUUUACAGAGUGUUUCCUCUGUAUCAAGUAAUUUUUUUCUAAAAUGUUUAUUUUUAGGAAAACUCUUCUUCCUCAAGCCCCACACUCCUCCACCACACUCCGUAUCUUUUGCUGAAAGCAAACGUUACUUUUGCCAAAGGAAAUACUCAUCAACUGCAGCUCACUCAUUACCUGUGUGGUAUUAUAGAUGACUUCAUAAUGUAGAGGUGAAUGUAUUGAAGGUACCUUGAUGUAAAGCACUUUUAAAUGUUUGUCCAUUAUAGAUUUUAGUGUGUAAAAACCGGCCCCCGGGGACCUGCAGGCACGACUGACUGUGGUUCACGGAGGCACAUAGAGACACUGCAUCUGUCAUUAUACCUGAGGUCAACAACAGCACAAGCAGUGGCGACAUGGUAUAUAGUCGAUAUGCAAAGUAAACCAAGCAUCUGUAUCUUUCUCAGUGCUGUUUAAUAUCACUUUACGCUCAGUGUGAAGCCUCGUUGGACUAUGUUAGGUUUUAGUUUAAUAUUCUGUAAGGUUAGCCUAGAACGUGUACAGUAUGUGAUGUUAACAUUUCAAGAAAAAAAAGUUCUGUCAGUAGAUUUUUGCUCAAUCUUUAGCUGACUAUUAAGCAUACACUAAAAAAAAAGUAUUUUGCUUAUACAAUUUCUUUCAGUAGCAGUUUCAUCAUAACCUUUGCCAAUUUCUUGAUAAGUGCCUAAAUUGCUUCAUUUUGACAGAUCAAUAUAAAUGGAUAUGUCCCUGGCUAACAUGGUGCUGAUUCUAGUCCAACAACAACAAAAAUAUCUCAAUACAGUGCAUUGAUCUUUACAGUCAAGCCUGUUCAUUGGAGGGAGGGAAAAUCACACUCUGGCCAGUUGACUCUCUAAACACAGGUUUGGAUGAAUUAAAACAACACUACAGUCCGUUCAUGUUGAGCAUACUAUUUGUUUCUCUAUAUAGAAGAUGUUCUAGAUGUUAUUUUUGGUUUUUCAUGUUGUCUCAGAGAAAGGCUUGUUGAAACUGAAAGUUCCCCUAAAGACUACCACUGUAAUCCCAAAAACUGGGAGUAAUAAAACUACUAUACACACUAAAAUGUA